UGUUUGCGGCAGGGGAGUUGUAAACGCAUCCUCCUGUGGUUCCUGGUGUUUGGGCCUUAACUAUAACGGUGGGGAAAGACAUGGCCCUGUUGUGCUACAACCGGGGCUGCGGCCAGCGCUUCGAUCCCGAGAACAAUUCCGAUGAUGCUUGCACAUACCACCCAGGUGUUCCAGUCUUUCAUGAUGCAUUAAAGGGUUGGUCUUGCUGUAAGAGAAGAACAACUGAUUUUUCUGAUUUCUUAAGCAUUGUAGGCUGUACAAAGGGUAGGCAUAAUAGUGAGAAGCCACCUGAGCCAGUCAAGCCUGAAGUCAAGACUACUGAGAAGAAGGAACUAUCUGAAUUGAAACCCAAAUUUCAGGAGUACAUCAUUCAGGCUCCUAAACCAGUAGAAGCAAUUAAAAGGCCAAGCCCAGAUGAACCAAUGACAAAUUUGGAAUUAAAAGUAUCUGCCUCCCUAAAACAAGCACUUGAUAAACUUAAACUAUCUUCGGGGAAUGAAGAAGAUAAAAAGGAGGACCACAGUGAUGAAAUUAAGAUUGGGACCUCGUGUAAAAGUGGAGGGUGUUCAAAGACAUACCAGGGUCUGCAGAGUCUAGAAGAAAUCUGUGUGUAUCAUUCUGGAGUACCUAUCUUCCAUGAAGGGAUGAAAUACUGGAGCUGUUGUAGAAGAAAAACUUCUGAUUUUAAUACUUUUUUAGCCCAAGAGGGUUGUACUACAGGGAAACACAUGUGGACUAAAAAGGAUGCUGGGGAAAAAGUUGUUUCAUGUAGACAUGAUUGGCAUCAGACUGGGGGUGAAAUCACCAUUUCAAUAUAUGCUAAAAAUUCACUUCCAGAACUUAGUCAAGUAGAAGCAAAUAGUACAUUGUUAAAUGUGCACAUUGUAUUUGAAGGAGAGAAAGAAUUUCAUCAAAAUGUGAAGUUAUGGGGUGUGAUUGAUGUAAAACGAAGUUAUGUGUCUAUGACUGCAACCAAAAUUGAGAUCACCAUGAGAAAAGCUGAACCCAUGCAGUUGGCAAGCCUUGAACUGCCUGCAACUAAAAAGCAGGAAAAGCAAAAGGAAGAUACAACAGCUUGAUUGGAGAAAGGAAAAACCACUGCCUGUAUCAGCAUUCUUAAUAAUGUGUGAUGAAUUGGUGGCUUGCUGCUAUAAAUUUUUGUUUUGUUAUUGUUGAAGUCUGGCAUUUCAGGGUCAACAGUAGGAUUUUAAAAACCAAAGUCAUUUUAUAUAUUUGUGUCUCCCAUAUUCCUUUUGAGUUCCAUAAGACUGAUUGUUCAUUUCUCCUCACUAAUGGAACCGUAGUU